AUGAGGUUAUAUUUAUUAAUUUUUAUUUAUAUUGUGACAUGUGUAACUGUGUUUUCAAUUAAAAUUCAAAGAAAUAUUCAUUAUAUCAAUAAUAAAAUUUUAAACAAUAUACAAAAAAAAAAUAAAACGUUAAAGAAACAUUUUAAUUUAAAUAGCCAUAAUGAUCAAACGUAUUUACAUAAAAUUCAAUCAAAUAUAACAAAUGUGGGUAAAAAUUUUAGUAAAAGAAUUAACUUUUUUAAGAUAUCUGUAAUCAUAUUUACUUUUAGUUCAUUAAUAGCAGGAUUAUUUUAUAAAAAGCGAGAAAAAGAAAAAAAUGAAAAUGUGGAUAAUUCAAAAAAUUGCGAAAAGGAAUUUUUCAAAUAUAAAUGUGUAAAAUGUAAUUUGGUAAUAUUUCCAGCUAAAGGAAGAGAAAAAAAAUUUUUAAAAGAUAAUUUUAUAUGCCCUAAUUGUGGAGAGUCAAAUAUGGACAAAUAUCUUACUAAAAAAUAA